AUGGGUGAAGCAAUUGCAACUAGAACAGAUAAUUCAAAAACAGUAGUGGAUUUCAUUCACUCCAACAUUUUUGUGCGUUUUGGUACACCUAAGGCUAUACUUAGUGAUCGGGGCACUCAUUUUUGUAACAAGAGUAUAGAAGCAUUGUUUCGACACUAUAGUGUAACUCUCAAGGUGAAAGUUGCUUAUCAUCCACAAGCCAACGGGCAAGCGGAGGUUUCUAAUCGUGAAAUCAAAUUGAUUCUUGAGAAAGCCGUAAAUCCAAACCAGAAAGAUUGGAGUACAAGGCUUGAUGAUGCCUUGUGGGUGUAUUGUAGGGCAUAUAAAACACCUAUCGAAGAAAUACACAAUGAAUCAUAUGAGAGUUCGAGAAUCUACAAGGAGAAAACCAAAGCUUUUCAUGACAAACAUAUUCUUCGGAAGAGUUUUGUGGAAGGUCAGAAAGUUCUCAUGUAUCACUCUCGCCUUAAACUUUUUCCUGGGAAGUUGAAGUCUCGUUGGUUAGGUCUGUUCAUUGUUACCAAGGUUUUUCCUCAUGGAGCGGUUGAAGUUGUAAGUCCAAGUACUGGAAAGUCAUUCAAGGUGAAUGGUCAGAGAUUAAAGCCAUAUUAUGAAUCAAUGGAGGAAGAACAAGCUGUUGUGAUUCAUUUCAUUGACCCGGUAUAUGUUGAUGAAUGA